AGCAAUGGCAGGGAAAAAAGUCCUGAUAGUCUAUGCACAUCAAGAGCCCAAGUCCUUCAAUGGAUCUUUGCUGAAGAUUGCUGUGGAAGAGCUGAGCAAGCAGGGCUGCAGUGUCACCGUGUCGGAUUUAUACGCCAUGCAGUUUGAGCCCAGAGCAACAAGGAAUGACAUUGUUGGUCACCUGCACAACUCAGAAGCAUUCAAUUAUGGUGUGGAAACCUGGGAAGCUUACAAGAGAGGAGGUUUGUCCAAAGACCUGGUUGAAGAGCAGAAGAAAGUGCAGGAAGCAGACCUGCUGAUUUUCCAGUUUCCCUUGUUUUGGUUCAACAUGCCUGCAAUCCUGAAGGGCUGGAUGGACAGAGUCUUGGUCCAAGGCUUUGCUUAUGAUUUGUCAAAGGUUUAUGAUGGUGGUUUGCUCCAGGACAAAUUAUCCUUGUUUUCUUUCACUACGGGAGGAAGCAAAGAGAAGUAUGCAAUCAGGGGUGAUAUUCGCUAUCUCCUAUGGCCCAUGCAGCAUGGAAUCAUGCACUUCUGUGGUGUCAAAGUGCUUGAACCUCACAUCUGUUAUGCUCCAGAGAAUGUCUCUGAGGAGAAGAGGAAGGAGAUGCUGGCUGCCUGGAGCCAACGUCUGAAGACUCUUUGGAAGGAAGAGCCCAUAGACUGCUCUCCUGAGUGGUAUUUCAAGUAGUGUUCAGGUGCAAGACUACAGAGAGAAGAUUUUCUUUUUCUCCAUUCUUUUUGAUGCUCUAUCUAAAUACCUGAACACUAAUCUCCUAAUUCAAAUAUAUUUUAAGAAUCUUGAAUGCUACAUCUAGCAGUUUAACUGGCAACAUAGUAUUUAUCUUCACUGAUUCCCAAGAGAUUCCCUUCAAGGAUGGGUGCAAAACUCCUUGUGUUGUUCUCCUUG